CCCACGCUUUUCUCUUCUUCUCUAUUCAUCUCCUCCCAGACGCACACAUUCACAUAACCAUUUAUAAUUGACAAUUAUCCUUUACUUUUGAUAACCCAUUCACCUCAAAAAACAAUCAACCAUGAAAAAUGACCAACAACAGCAUCAUAAUUCAACGAAACAGCCUCCCAAGGUACUAAUUGCUGGAGCAGGGCUCGGAGGACUGACUUUGGCCAUCUUACUGGAAAAAGCACAGGUCCCAUAUGAAGUAUAUGAACGAGUAGUCGAGGUCAAAAACAUGGGGACCUCAAACUCGCUUGGAUGGAAUAUCGCUGCGCUGUUUAAACAGAUUGGGAUCUAUGAUGAGUUUGUGUCGAUUUCAAAACCAGCCUUGUCCGUGGAUACAUAUAAUGAAGACCGCAAACUCGAGUUCUCAAUGACAUUCAAGCCCGCUGUUGAAAUGAGCGGAAGCGAAGGCUAUUUUGUGACAAGAUCAGCACUUUAUGACUUACUUCUCCGACAGAUACCAUGUGAAAAGAUUCAUUUCGGCAAACGAAUUGUUUCAACAAAACAGGAUCAUAUAGGCGUACGGGUUCAUUUUGCAGACAACACGAUUGCGGAGGGGGAUAUCCUCGUAGGAGCUGAUGGAGCCUACAGUGCUGUUCGCCAGAAUUUUUAUCAGCAAUUGAAGAGAGAAAACAAACUGCCCUUGUCAGACAAUAGUGCGUCACCCUUCAAUUGUGUCUGCCUUGUGGGACAGACUGCGCCUUUAGAUCCAGCCAAAUUUCCAGAGGUGUUGAAGCCGCACUGUCUAAUCAAUGACGUGGUCAGUGCUGACAAGCCCUACUCGUGGGUAGCAAUGACAAUGAAGGACAAUAUCUACUGCUGGACUGUAAUCAAGUAUUUGAACAAGACCAGCUCUAGGGAUGACGAUGCAUUUAGAGAAGCAGAAUGGGGAGCAAUAGCAGCAGAAGCCAUGUGUCAGGAAGUUCGUCAUUUCCCGAUUCCUGGUGGUGUUAAUAAUGAUUUAACGCUAGGUGAUCUGAUCGACAUGACCCCCAAUGCUUCCAAGGUCAUACCGGAAGAAAAAGUAUUCGAGACCUGGUACUCUGGCAGAGUAGUUCUCCUGGGCGAUGCCUGCCAUGCGAUUCAUCCAGCGAGUGGCGCAGGAGCUGUGAAUGCCAUGCACGAUGCCGUAGCUCUGGCCAACUGGAUCAGUGUGCUGGAUUCACCUUCGACCAAGGAUACAGAAAGGAUCUUUAAGGAGUACAGAGAUGAGCGCUAUCCAGCUGUGAUUGCCGCGUACAAUGCAGGACAAACGCUUACCAAAGUCAGUGGCAAGGGUUGGGUUGCAUGGGUUGUACGAAAGAUUGCAAAGAACAUGCCUGUAUGGCUCCACAAUAUGGCUGCCAAGACCGUUACUCAACAUCGUCCUCAAGUCUCGUUCUUACCUUUAGUCAAGGAUGAAGGGGCAUCACCUCCCAAGUAUCAGCCUAGCCUUGUGAAGACGCUCGCAAUCCAUCAAGCCAGAGCAGGUUCUGCUUCUGUAUUUGCAUCUGCAACUACGUCUGCAACUACAUCUGCAACUUCUUCAACCUACACCUUGAACAAUCAAACUCCAAGCAUCUCCAUGAAGACAUGA